AUGACGGAAGCAGUGAGAAAAGUUCCCAUACCUGCCAAGGGUGUCGACUACCGCGGCAAGGUCGUCCUCGCUCCCAUGGUCCGCUCAGGGGAGCUGCCGUCGCGACUCCUGGCGCUCAAGUACGGCGCCGAUCUAGUCUGGGGCCCCGAGACCAUCGACCGCGCCAUCAUUGGCACCACGCGCAAAGUUAACGAGCAGACGGGAUGCAUCGAGUGGUGCCGCACACAGUCGCAUGGCCUCAAGGAACCGCCACCUGAUGCGAAGAUGAGCGUCAUAUACGUCACGGAACCGGAGAAGGAGGCCAAGAGGCUAAUCUUCCAAAUGGGCACGGCCGACCCGGAUCUCGCCGUGGAGGCUGCUCGCCUGAUCGCGGGCGACGUCGCCGGCAUCGACGUCAACGCCGGCUGCCCCAAGCCCUUUAGCACCAGCGGCGGCAUGGGCGCGGCGCUCCUGCGCACGCCCGAUAAGCUCGUCGCGAUCCUCGAGGCGCUUGUGAAAAACAUCACUCCGCACUACGACAUUGGCAUCAGCGUCAAGAUCCGUAUCCUUGAGACGGCGGCCGAGACGGAGACGCUCGUCCGCCGCCUCGUUGCUACGGGAAUCACGGGCCUCACAGUACACUGCCGCACGACGCCCAUGCGCCCGCGCGAGCGUGCCAUCCGCGGCCAGCUGCGCAUGGUCGCUGACCUCUGCCACGAGGCCGGCGUCGCGUGCCUCAUGAACGGCGACGUCGAGUCCAAGGACGAGGGUCUGCGUCUGGCCACUGAGUUUGGCGCCGACGGCGCCAUGAUUGCUACCGCGGCGGAGACGAACCCCAGCUGCUUCCGCACCGCGGCUGACGGCGGCUUACUGCCGUGGCGCGACGUCAUCGGCGAGUACCUCGCGACGGCGAUUUCCGUCAACAACAAGUUUAGCAACACAAAGUACCUGCUGGCGCAGAUGGUGCCCGGAAAGGAGGCCGCGCACAAGGCCGUCACCAAGGCGCGCUCGUACGUGGACAUGUGCGAGGGCCUCAGCCUCCCGCACUUGCUGGACCAGGCCCGUGUCCUCGAUGAGCUGCGCGGCCUCGGCCAGCCCACGGAGAAGCAGAAGCUGCAGGCGGCUCGCAAGGCAGCCCAGUCGACGAAUGCGAGCGCGCUGGCCGCCGGUGGACAGAUGGGCUACGCACGCGCCUUGUCCAAGACAAAAAAGUCGCUGUCCAACCGCCAGCAGCCCCCCUCAGUUUCGGACCAGGAUAAGCCACUCGUGGUGUCCGCCGUAUAG